UCCCCUCGGGCGGGGGGAGCCGCUGCAUGGGGCCGGGGGGGCGGCCCUGCUGCGCGGAGCGGCGGCGGCGGCGGCGGCGGACCCCCCAGGCGGGCUGGGGCUGAGCCCGGGACCGGGGCGGGGGCUCCGGGGGGACCAUGCCCGGAGGCCGGCCGGCCGCAGCAUGGCUCACGGGCCCGGCGCGCUGAUGCUCAAGUGCGUGGUGGUCGGCGACGGGGCGGUGGGCAAGACGUGCCUACUCAUGAGCUAUGCCAACGACGCUUUCCCGGAGGAGUACGUGCCCACCGUCUUCGACCACUACGCAGUCAGCGUCACCGUAGGGGGCAAGCAGUAUCUCCUGGGACUCUAUGACACGGCCGGACAGGUGAGUGUCUUGGCCCCUGGCCGACACCCCCUUGCCUUUCCUCAAUUCAGGGUGGCUGUACGUGGCCUUUGGAAAAGGAGAUGUCUAGGAGGGAGGGUGUGUCUUCGAGGGGCCCGUCUGGAUCAAGUCUUUAUUUCUUUUUUCAAGUCAGCAAAUUAGGAAAAGAAAAAAACAA